AUGCCACAGCAACAGACCCCACAAAACAACACUGCAUUCAACAAUGCAGCUUGCCACCAGAUAUACUAUGUAACUGGGAAUAAGCCAGGGACAAUUCAACAGCCUCAAGGCCAGCCUCCAACCCAAGAAGAAAGAGAUGUGAUGCGCACCAGGAUCAAUGAGUUGCCCCAUCAGAUGCACCUGAAAUUUCUUCACAUGGUUCUGGAGGAUGAGGGUGAAACAUAUGCCAAUGCUAGCUUGGAGUCAUUAUGCACCUUGGUGACAAAGCUCACAAGAUCCUCCAAGAAGGAGGUAGAAGAUAGCAUUGGUUUUGGUGUUACUGCAUACAGUCACAAUGUGACAUCAUUUGCUGUUGGAGACGCACAGCUAGUCACAUACUUGGACUCCUCAGACAAUGUGAGCUCAGGGGACUCCUCGGAAGAUAGCAAUGGUGGUCAAGAUCCAAAAUCUUGGGGAUUUCUGCAGCAGGUGUAA